GAUUGACUAAAAACGAGACGGCAAAAGGGGCCACCGGCCACGCGGGGCAAAAAAGAGGGAGCUAGACCUGGGUUCUACUAAAUUAAUUCCGAGUUCCUGUUUUUGGUCGUGGUGUCCGGCAUUCUGUCCACAACGACGGAGCAGUCCGGGGAGCCGCCGGAAGUCGCUCUACGGAAACCAGGAAGUCCCUCCCCUUCCUCCCAAAGGGAAGACGGUGAGCCGGAGGAGUCAGUCACAGGGGAGAGCAGGAGCGAUUCCGUCGGCGAACAGGUGGCGAGUGCCCUGUAACGCACCCUUGACACAGGGACAUUGUCAGCACUUUAUUAAUGAUGGAUUCUGAGAAGAAACCCGAAAGCGAUGAGGAUGAAAAUAGAAACAAAGAAGCACAAGCCUUGAGCACUGUCUCAUCCCCUACUGUAGAGUGUGUGCGUGAAUCUCAGGUGAUCACAGAUUCCUCUCUGCAGGAAGCAUGCACAAACCCCGAGAGGAAAGAAGAAAAUUCCGCAAGCAAAAGAGGGUUUUCAGAAUCAUCAAACCUGGACUGUAUUGUCCUGGAGGAAGAUAGAAGUAAACAUGCUUCUAAACGGAUGAAAUUAGACAAGGCAGAGCCCCUGAAGUGUGGAGAGCAGGGCAUUUGUGCAGCCCUGGCAGUGGGGACCCCACAAGAGGAACCGGCCCAAGAGGCCUUCCCGAGUGACUGCCCAGGCGGGGACCCGAGGCUGCCUGGCACCUUCGCUGCUGCCUGCGAUUUCAGCACUGUCCAGGAUGUUGCUCUGAAAACUGAUAGUGAAAAGAAGUCUGCUCAGGAAGUGGUUUCCCUUGAUCCGGAAGGAGAUGUUCCUUUCGCCCUGCAGGAGGUUAGUGUGAGCUGCACCACUGGAAACGUAGACAGUGUUCUCAAAUGCAGCACAUGUGGCCAGUUGUUUUCUUCUUGCUCAGACUUGGAUAAGCAUGCCGAGUGCCACCUGCAGCCGUCUGAGGAACACACCUGCUGCCACUGUAGCCACAAAGCUGAGAGCAGCGCUGCUUUGCAUCAACACAUCAAACAAACACAUGGGCCACAGAAAGUCUUUUCCUGUGACCUCUGUGGCUUUCAGUGUGUCGAAGAAAACCUGUUGAGUGCGCAUUAUCUUGGCAAAACACAUCUCCGGCGUCAGAAUCUUGCUGCUCGUGGAGGAUUUGUACAGAUGUUAACAAAGCAGUCUUUUCCUAAAAAACCAUGUGCCACGGGAACAAAAAAUGUUCGCGCAAAAUCAAGAGCUUCUAAACCAAUAACUAAGAGUAGUGAUUCAAAAGGAUUACAAAACACUGGAAGCAGAUUUAAAGAUUUCAGAGAAAGUGCUUCUAAACAAAGUGGUAGUGGCAGUGAGCUUCUUGUGGAAAUGAUGCCAUCCAGAAGUACCUCUUCAGAAAAAGUAGCAAUUGUCGAAGAAAAUGUUACCUCCCUUGGUAUAGUUCGAAAUCCUGAAAACCAGGGUACAAAGCUAGGAGAUUUAGUGACCUCAGAGAGUCUCUUAGAUAAAUUGGAACCUACCAGAAAUACCUUUCAGACCACACACAAUAUCAAUAUGAGACCCAGGCCCGAGCGAAAUAUUCUCACGUUGGGCAAUAGCUUUCGGCGGCGAAGUGGCACUUUCACCCUAAAAGGCCAGGCCAAGAAAAGGUUUAAUCUUUUAGGAAUUAAUAGAAGAGGCACAAGCGAAACUCAGAGGAUGUAUAUGAAACACUUCAGAGCACAGAUGAAAACGAGUGAUGCCGAGUCAACAACUAAGCAAGUAGAAAUGAGCAGCAGUGUCAAGAGUGUGUGUGUGACUACCUCAGAAACCCAGGACCUGAAGCAGAUCAAGAGGAACUCCCAUAUUCCAGGCUCUGGGCAGCUUGAUGCGCUGACAGUGAAGCCAGCUUCAGACCCCCAAAUGCUGUGGACUUGUACAGACUGUGGUCACAUAGCUACAAGCAGGACUGAUUGGGAAAUCCAUGUGAGGAGGUGCCACGCAAGAACGAUGGAGUUGUACUGCCAGACGUGUGACUUUUCAACUAUGUCAAUGAGGGACUUCGAUGAACAUUUGCACAAUCACCAGCAUCAGCAACCUGCUUCUGUCUUCAGCUGUCAGUGUUGUUCAUUCAUUUCCUUGACUGAAAUGAAUCUUCACGACCACAUGAAGGAGAAGCACAGUAUGGGCUUUCUUUGUAUUCCUUGUAAUCUAUUUUUCUUGUCUGAGAAAGAUAUGGAAGAACACAAAACCACUGAGAAGCAUCUUAGUUUAUCUGUUCAGCCAAAGAUUUCCCAGUCAUUUAACAAUGAUUUGGUUUUACAGACAUUACCUUUAAGUACUUUAGAACCAGAAAAUAUAAAAAGUUCUAUGAGUGAGUCAGGAAAGACAGCUCAGGAAGAACCGAAGUCUAGGGUAAGCAAUGGAAAUGAAGUAAGGCAUUCAACUUUAAGUAAGCCCCAGUUUCAAUGUAAGAAGUGUUUUUAUAAAACAAGAUCUUCCACUGUUCUUACGAGACAUAUAAAGCUUCGGCAUGGCCAAGACUAUCACUUUCUUUGUAAAGCAUGUAAUCUUUAUUCAUUGAGCAAAGAAGGAAUGGAGAAACACAUAAAAAGAAGCAAGCAUCUUGAAAAUGCUAAGAAAAAUAAUAUUGGCUUAAGCUUUGAGGAAUGUAUUGAAAGGGUAUGUAUAGGUGCAAAUGAUAAAAAAGAAGAGUUUAAUAUUUCUGGAAAUGGAAGGACCGAAGGCCAUGAAGAGGGUGUGCAAUUACAGGAGCAUUUCUGUCUUGAGAAGAAGAUACUGACAAAUAGGGAAUUGUCACAGUCUGGUAUAAUCACCAAAGAUAACGAAUUGACUUUGACCAGUGCCCCAAAGAGAGGGAGACCUAAAGGUAACAUCUCAAGGACGUGUUCACAUUGUGGUCUUUUGGCUUCUAGUAUUACCAACUUGACUGUUCACAUUAGACGGAAACACAGUCACCAGUAUAGUUAUUUAUGUAAAGUGUGUAAGUAUUACACAGUAACUAAGGGAGACAUGGAACGCCAUUGUGCUACCAAGAAACACAAAGGACGUGUAGAAGUAGAAGCCAAUGGAAAACAAAGUUCAGAUAUCAUUGUUGGCCCAGAAGGGGGUAAUCUCGAAGCCUGCAGAAAGACCACCAAUUCAGCUGCGACCCUUUCAGAUGAAUAUGCUGCCAAAUCUGCUGAAUCAGAUGUCCCCAUUUCAGAAAAGCCAGUAGUAGAUCAUGGAAACCCCGUUGAAGUUGCAGUUGAAAAUGUACUUCAUUCCAUAGAUGGGGAAGUUAACAGUCAUCUUAUUGAUAAAAAGGAACAAACAUCUCUAGAGCCAGAGGACCUUCUCCAAGACGGGCAUACGUGUUCCCAGAGAGAUGUUACAGGCACAGGUGACAAUAAAUGUCUACACUGUGAGUUUAAUGCUCACUCUUCUGCUUCUCUAGAACUGCACGUAAAACGGAAACAUACCAAAGAGUUCGAGUUUUAUUGCAUGGCGUGUGAUUAUUAUGCAGUCACUCGUCGAGAGAUGACUAGGCACGCAGCAACAGAGAAGCACAAAAUUAAAAGACAGUCUUAUCUUAGCUCUUCUACAAAUGUAGAAGCAAGUUCUGCAGAAAUGUCUAAAAGUAUCAUUAUAACUGAAGAGGAGCAUCAACAAAAUUCUGAAGAAUUUCAGAUAAUUUCUGACCAGCCAUCAGACACUCUUAAGUCUAGAAAUGCCACAGAUUGUUCUAUUUUAGAUGUGAAUACAAAUGUAGAUAUGUCUAAAGUACUCUGUGCUCCUGAUUUGGUAGAAAUUGAGACUGAAGAAGAAUCUAAUUUCAGCGAAGAUCAUCCCUUUUGUGUGACUUUCCAGCAGCCCCUUGUCAAGGAUAAAGCUGUGAAACCCGAGGAGAUGGUAUCCCUUAAUAUUUCCUCCAAAUAUGGCUCCCUAAGCAAACUUCAGAAUGAAAACUCAGGAAAGUCAGCUUUGAAUUGUGAAAAAGCAAAGGAAAACCACACUAUACUGAAUGACAUCCGUGAUCCCAGUGCACAUUGUGAGAGGAGUGGGGGAGAUGCAGCCGUGAACCUGUCCCUAGGUCCUAAAGCUCUGGCUGCAGAGCACCCAGUGGAGAGUACUGUCCCUGUCAUGAUGAGCGUCACAAGAGAACAGCUGAACCUGGGCAGCAGUGUGCAAGGCAAAGUCGGAGGUAUGCCUACUUCAGAGAAUUUGAAAGGAAUGCACGAAGACCCUCUUCUGGAGAAUAAGGAAACUCUGACAAAUUCACAGCAUGAAACUAGAAUUAUUCUGGAAGAGGAUGGCCCAGCUUCUGAUAGCACGGUUGAAAGUAAUGAUGUUUAUGAAACCAUAAUCAGUAUUGAUGACAAAGGGCAGGCCAUGUACAGUUUUGGCCGGUUUGAUUCUUCCAUAGUAAGGAUAAAGAACCCUGAGGAUGGUGAAUUGAUAGACCAGUCUGAGGAAGGCCUGGUAGCAACCAGAGUGCGAAUUAGUGAGUUGCCCUUAAAAGACUCCGCUCAAGGUGUGAAAAAGAAGAAACCUGAAGGCAGUUGCCUUGGUGAAUCAACACGGAUUCGUUGUGAUGACUGUGGCUUCUUAGCAGAUGGCUUGAGUGGACUGAAUGUUCACAUCGCCAUGAAGCACCCUACAAAAGAGAAACACUUUCAUUGUUUACUGUGUGGGAAAUCAUUUUAUACCGAAAGCAACCUUCACCAGCACUUAGCUAGUGCUGGUCAUCUGAGAAAUGAACAGGCGAGUGUGGAAGAGCUUCCCGAGGGGGGGGCCACCUUCAAAUGUGUCAAGUGUACUGAGCCCUUUGAUUCGGAGCAGAAUUUAUUUCUCCACAUUAAAGGACAACAUGAGGAAUUGCUGCGGGAGGUGAAUAAGUACAUAGUGGAAGACACUGAGCAAAUCAACCGGGAGAGAGAGGAGAAUCAGGGAAACGUGUGCAAGUAUUGUGGAAAGAUGUGUCGCAGCAGCAACUCGAUGGCAUUUCUAGCACACAUUCGCACACACACAGGAUCAAAACCAUUCAAGUGCAAGAUAUGCCAUUUUGCAACAGCUCAGCUUGGAGAUGCCAGAAACCAUGUCAAAAGGCACCUUGGGAUGAGGGAGUACAAGUGUCACGUCUGUGGGGUUGCUUUUGUAAUGAAGAAGCACUUAAAUACUCAUCUACUAGGCAAACAUGGAGUUGGCACCCCAAAAGAAAGAGUUCUGACAAAGAUGGUUCUGACAUUUUCUGCUUUCUUUUUGACGUUUCUGUGGAAGCUUGGAGCUUGCAACUGCCUACUCUGCCAUCCUGCUGACUAUGAUGCUGGCCGGUACUUACUAAGAAGUUAGCACCUCUUCAGUUUGAUUCAUAUGAAAUCGAGAUUUAACAGAUUAAGAACAGUUGAAUAUUGGUAAUUUCAUGAGUAACCUAAUUCUGUUGAGAAAUGUUUCUAGUAUAUGAUGUUAAUAUAAAAGUCUGCUUUGCAAGGAACCAGCCGUUUCCACUGAGUCCUAAUUUAAUCGAGUUCCUUACUUUUUUAUGGAUAAUGAUUUCCUAGACAUAGCAUCUGGUAGUAAGUGUAAUUUAGAGGAAACUGGUCAAGGUGAAACAGAAAAGAUAUUUCAGUAUACUGUUUUGUAUUUUAGCUUACUGUCACACUGAAAGCUAUAGUUCUGUGUCUUCCAGACUGGAAUCAGUGUGCAUUUCCUUUUCGUGGCCCAGGUUAUUCUCCGUUUACUUGGUAAAGCCUUCCUAAAUCUGCAUUUUAAAUAAGCACUUCUUGCUACUUAGAAGGUUGAUGUCCUACUAAGCACACUCUAUUUUGGUUUUCUUUUCAAAUAAGUGUGUGCCCUGUCCCCAUACUAGAUAAUUUUUUCAGGGCAUGGUCUUUGACUUGCUGUCCUUAUCUCUUAAGGAGUGAUUGACUCUCAGUAUAUAUUUAUUGUUGUAGGAUAUUAAAAUUUUUAAUUUACAUUUUUCUGUUCCAGGUAGACUUUUUUUUAGCUGGUUUAAUUUAUGAUUUAUAGUCACAUUAUGAAAAAGGCAUUGCAGGCUAGUGUAACAUCUGUGUAACUUCGUAUGUGCUGCCACUUUUAAUGAAGUCAGCCCCGGUGCUCUGUUCUCUGAGUGACCAUGUGCUUUCUCUUCUGUGACGCUGAGGACAGACCUUGUUCUCCUUAGCUCACAGGGUUGUGGUGAGGCUGACAUGAAUUUAUAGUUAGAGGAGCACUUUGAAUAAAUACUAAACGAAAGUAUUUUUAAAAUUAUAAAAUAAUAUACCUAUCUAAAGAUAGUAUAAUUUUUUUUUUUCUUUUAUGUUAGGACUUUUUGCUUGCUAAGGACUAAAUAUCUUUUCCCCUGUUUUGUCAUGCUUAUGGUAAAGGAUUAUUGGAAAUGGGAGAUUCAGCUGGACAUGCACAUGACUCAAAUUUUCUUUGAAGUUAAUUAAAUUAACAGUUUCCUUUUAUAUUCUCAUUGUGCAUUUUAGUGUUCAGGAUGCUUUUUUUCCCAUAUUAUAAUUAUAUAAUAUAGAUAUGUCAUAUAUUUUUAGGAACUAAAAUGUGGUAGACUUAUUACUGGAAUUCAGAUCUUUUAAAAAGUUUUUGUGGGAGAGGAAAACAUUUAACUAAAGGAAUUAUCCCCGGGGCUUAUUAUUUUUGUUAUUAAAAACUUAGUACUAGAAAUAUUAAUAGUGUGUCAACAUAAUUAUCAAGCCAGAAUUACAGAAUGUUAGAAAUUUAUGGUAUGAAAAUAUUGUUAUUUAUUUUCAAACUAAUUUAAUUUUUAUUUUCAUAGUACUAACUCUUUCCCUUUUUGAUUAAACAGGAAAACAAAACGAAAACAGAAAGCCUUACAUAGAGUAUCACUGUUUAAACCCAAUCAAAGUGGAACAGCUUUGGUUGAGGCUGGAAGGGAGCCCCAAGGACCAGGCCCUUUUAUUUCAGCUUCUAUAGCAUCAUGAAAGUCAGGGGGCUCUUCAUCAGAUUAAAAAAUAUAUCUUUAUACGUCAAGCUCUUUUAUUUUUACGGGAAGCCAUUGACUUUUGCAGAUUUAGCAUUCAUAAUAUUGUCCAUGCCUGAGUGAUGACACAUACUUUAGAGGAAUUCAGGUGUGACUUGGACAUGUUCAGAGGCUCCUGUGUCAGAGCUCUUAACUUUGUUAGUGAGUGAACCCAGCAUUCAAAUCUCAGUACCACUUUAUUUAUUGUUCUCUGUGUAAUGUCUCUGAAGAAGUGAUUAAAAACAAAAUAGUGUCCUCAAAAGAAACCCAGCUGCUGAAAUAAUGAGAAAAAAAAAAAAAAUUCUAAGAAUAUAAUCAUUCUUAGCUAGAAUUACAAGGUUGAGCUAAAUUAAAAUUGGGAAUGUAAUAUCCUAGAGCUAGGAGGUAAAUUCACAGGCAUUCAUUAUUGAAUGAAUAAAUAAAAUACUGAAGAGCCACAAAUGGGUCAUGAUAACCAAAGAUUAUUUUUAACCCAAUUUUGUGCAGAGGCCUAGGUAGUAAGGUGAAAAUCUCCCAUGUUUAAAUGAUCCACCAUAUGCUCAAUGUGUAAAAAAAAAAGAAAAGGUGAUUUUUGAACAUUUAGUCCUCUGACAAGUGCAAAAUCUCCUUUCAGUGAGGGAGAAAACUUGGAGUGUUGAAAAGGUGGCUCUUUUAUUUGGUCCUUUUAUGAGUGGAAAACAUCUGACUUUCAACAAAAAUGUUAUUCAUUAGAAAAUCAUUAGUCUUUGUUAUAAAAAUUUGUCUGGCAUGGCUGUUUAACUGGUGAAGCCACUGGUGUGGCUUUACAAUAAGAGUGUCAUAUGAAAAACAGAAGAAAUACUUUUCUUUACACAGUGCAAAGUGACCAGUGGAGGUUCUUGUAGGAGAGAGGAAUGAGUGAACACACGUUUAUCUCAGGUGGAGCAGACUUUAUUGGAAGAAAAUGCCUUUACAAGUGAAUGUACCUGAGGAAUAAAAGCUAACAUGGGAUUAAAGGCAACACAUGGCUAACUCCACUUCACCACUUAUGAGUCUUUUAUGGAGCUUCAACAUUGCUCCUGAAACAAAUCUCAAUUAGGCUUAUCAUAGGAAAUAGAGAAGUUUUAAUAGAAUGAUGACAGCUGCCAAUUUUAAGUGUUUAAGUCAGAAAUAACUUUCUUCUUGAAUGUCCCCACUUUUCAGCUGAUCACCAUCUUCCGGCUUGCAGUUAUUUUUUCUCAUAGUUUUCACCACUUGUUUCACCUGCCUCUUCUGUUGACUUUGAUGCCGACACCCUCCGGAAGGUCCCGAGUACUUUGCUGAAUUGUGCCAGCCCGACUCCGUUUUGCUGUCUAGUGCGGUGUCAUUGUCUUCUAUGCCUGCAUUCUUGUAGCCAACUCUGUCUCUCAGCCCUUUACUGCCAGUGUUACUGCAGUAAUGAAGUUCCGAGAUAGCAUGUAGAGUUCAUUUUUUACUGACAGAAUUCAUAGCCUUAUUAAUGAUUUUAGACUAUAUUUAUAGAAUCACUAAGGUUCUAAAGAGGUCACUUAAUUUUUUUACAAAUACUUUACCACCUUUUAUGAGGGAAGGUAUAUUCUGUGGCACUUUCUAAAGGUCUCAGUUCAUAUGCCUUGCAAAUGUCAGCAGCUUACUAUAUUUAAUUUGUCCUAACACCAGGUAGCUUAUUGCAGAAUUAUAUAGACUCAUAGGAUUUUAAAGGGAACCUUUGUAUGUCAUGAUGUGAAAGCCGAGUUUCAAAGAGACUUGCCUUAGAUCACCUAGUUAACCCAGUUUUUUGCAAUUAAACAUUGUCCGUAUCUACAUAUAUUUUAAUAUGAGUCCAUCUUUCUUUGUUAAAAAAGAACUGUGGUUCCUUGAUUCUUUGGUAAAGGUAUAUUGUUUCAUGGGUCAUCUUUUGGUAGAAUUGUAUGUAAUGCUCAGUAUCUUCUCAGUGCUUUUAAUCAUAGGAGUUGGUGGUAAAUUAUGUACAACUUAAUGUGUUCCUGAAAGAUAAAUUUACUGUUUUUAAAGUGUUUAUUGAUGAAAUAGGGUAUGUAGAAAAUAGAAAAGUCUGAGUAUAGUUGCUUAAGUGAACAAGAAAUGCUUGUUUUUGUUCUGCGUAUAUUGCUGGAAAACUUCUAUAGAGAUGCCAUUUAAAAAGAUAGAUUUUUACAAUUAUUUCUUUCAAUGACAACAUUAUUACAUUAGGAUUUGUUGGGAUAUAAAGUAUAAAAUGAGUUUUCCUGAGAAUGUUCUGUGAUAAAAAAAAUAUAUACAGAAAGAACAAAGAUGAAAUACUACCCAUGUAGCGUGAAGAAAUGUGUACAAGUGCAUUUUAGACCGUGGGCUGACGGCAGAGUAAACUUGCAUAAUAUUUAAUAUGGUUUACUUGAAGCCAAAUAAAUUUAGCCAUUUGUGGCAUGUAUUAAGUCAUAUCAUCUUAAAUUUUUUUUGCCAUUCUAUAAAAAUUUUUAGAGUUGCAUUUAACUUUAUUAAUUUAUCAACUGGUAUUUAGGAACCCUUUUUUGGAAGUUUUUGUUCCUGUAUUGAUUCAGAGCACUAGAAAAAUCCUAUUAGAAUUAUGUAGAUAUUAUGGAUUUUACUCUAGUCAAAUAGUGCGGUAUCCUUGUUUGAACAGAAGUAAAGUUCUUUCAAUGUUAAUUCCAUAACCAGUUUUGCGCAGAAUUUUCCCUCGGGCCUUGAUACUCAUUGACAUCAGGUUUGUAUUGGGGUGGAUUAGACAAGCAGGAAAAUGAUGAGCUGAACCCCUCCGUUUUCGGUUAUAUAUUGAAUUGUAUAUGAGUGGAAGCAUUGAGCACAAACUUUUCAGCCCUGUUUGCUUGAGAUCUGAAAUUGACUUGGAUUUAAGUUUCAAUUGUAAAUGCUUAGGAUUUCAAAUGUGAAGAGACUUUGACCUAGUAUCAUCUAAUGUGGAGCCUCAUGGCACAGUGGUUAAGAGCUUGGCUGCUAACCAAAAGGUCAGCAGUUCAAAUCCACCAGCAGGUCCUUGGAAACCCUAUGGAGCCAUUCUACUCUGCCCUAUAGG